UUCAUAUGACUAUUCAAUUAAAUGAAAUACUUUUUACUGAUAGAGCUCCUUCAUCACUCAUGAAAAAAAUUGUUUGUAAGAAAGUUGUCAUAUUAUAUUUAGGAGAUUUAGAAGCUGAUGUUAAGAAGAUGAGCUUUCCAUUGACAAGUGCAAAAUCGGACAGAUCCGUCACUGCGAUUUGCGCGAACAGAUCCGCAUUUCGGAAGCAUCUCGAGGGCAGGUCUACGAUUCCGCUCGCGGCAAGAACUCUCCGAGAAGAAAAAGUAAUUUCGCCGUUCGGGAAAGGAAGUUUUACAGUCGGUAGUUCGGAUCUUCGGAUACCUCCCGGGUGUACUGGUGCGCGGCAUAUGGCCGGAAUAACGAAAGGGCGCUUCGCCGAGAUUGCGGCAAUUAUCGAGUCACGUUACGAGAUCCGUGUCGUUAAGACCCGUAGAAAACCUCCGAGGGAAUCUGCGAGGGAAUCACGACCUGCGUACAACACUCGAGAGAAGGAGACCAAGUUUUAUAUGCGAAUUACGCUAAUUUGCCUGAUUACUUUGCGACCGGUGACGACCUGAGCUGUUCGCGAUGCAGUUAUUGUAACUUGCCUGAAAAACGCAUCGUUAUCAGAGAUAUAAAUAUCGUCGAGACAAUUAAUUCCUAUUACUAGAGACAAACGUGAUUAAAUAAUAUGAAAAGGGCAAAGGAAACAAACACGAAUCCAAUAUAGCAAUUAUUGUGCAACUGAUAGCUAAAUUUUUAAGAAUUUUAAAGAAUUGAAUUAAUUGAACAAUAUAUU